UUGAUAGGAUUAGCAGCUCCAAUAGCAAUUCGCUUUUCCUGUUCGAGUUGCCUGCAAGACCAACAGGCGAUUCGAGAGUAUCAGGAAGUAUGGAUCCUUGGAGAAUCCUUGGAGAAAUAGUUUCGCAGUGUGUUCCUCAUAUGGCUCAGAUGUACAAGAACUUCCUGAUGGAACAGUUGAAUCAGCAAAAGAAUACUUCAGAAACCUAAUUGCAAUUCCUGAGAAGAAUGAUUUGUUGGUCAGCCUUCAGAACACGCUUAAUGACAGAACUGAUCUUACCGUUGAGACUCUCUCAAAGUGUAAUAAGACUCAACUGGAAAUUUUUGUUGCAAUAAAAAUGGGUUUUGGAAGCUUCUUAUCUUUUGAAACCCACCUUCAAGACACUGAAUUAAUGGAGAUUUUCGCUUAUGAAAGGUGUCGAAAUAUUCACUGCAAGAGGGUGUUACCUGUUGAUAAUUGCAAGUGAAAAAUUUGUUCGAGAAACAAGGGAUUCUGCAACGUAUGCAUGUGUCAAGUAUGUUUGAACUUAGAUUAUGCCAAUGGCUGUGAUCUAUGCGUGCACUGGUGUCAUGUUAUCUGUGCUAUUCAGAAAAAUCUUAUAAAGCCAGGUCCGAGUAUCAACGGGCCAUCUGGAACAACUGAGAUGCAAUUUCACUGUCUUGGUUGUGGUCAUGCUAGUGAAAUGUUUAGGUUCGCCAAAGAAAUGUACAGGUGUUGUGCAAAGAACUGGGAUCAGGAAAUCCUAAUUAAAGAACUUGAUUAUGUUCAAAAGAUUUUCCAUGGGAGUGAAGAUUUUAAAGGUAAGGAGUUGGAUGCUAUAACUUACGGGUUGCGUAAUAAGCUCGAGAAAAAGAUGAUUUCUCCUUCAGACGCCUGCAAUUUCAUCUUUCAGUUUUUUAAAUACACAGAUGGCUUGUCACAUUUUCUUUCAUCCAGUUUUCCUGCAUCUAUCCCUCUUUGUGGUAAAUCUUCCUUCUACAUUACGAUCACUGCAAGUGGAAGAAAAGGUAUGAUUAUUGCUGAUCAUCAUCUAAGUGAUGCCAAGGAUUCCUCAAAGACUGACAAAAUGAUUGAGGAUGAAUCUUCAGCCAUCAAAGAAAUAUGAGCUCUCCAAGUGAAAGAAAGAUACAAUAGUUUGCAAAGCAUUUUGAGGAUCAAGAAGCAGAAACACUGAUUUUCUAAUUGUUUUAACUUCAUUUUUUGUGACCUCACUUUUCAGCUCUAUUGAGGAUUUCUUUUUUCCCCAAAAGGCUAGCAUUGUGAUUGUGAUUCUUUUAAUUACUUCAGUUUUAAUCAAAUAAUGGAUUUGAUUAAAUGUGAUGCUUUUGAUUGUUCAAAGAACCGGUUGUAGCAUAGAGGAAAUGCUCCUAAGCAUUUGUUUUGCUCAAGAACCUGCAUUUUCAGUUUAAUCUGUAUGUCGUGAUGCAACCGAU